CCUGUGAUAGGAAACGGACCAAUAAGAGAUACGUAUUCGGUCCGUAUACGAGCGCUUGGACGUGCGGGAAUCAGAGAGACGUUGCAUGUAACACAAUCGAAUGGUGCAACGCCUGAGCUGAAGUUUCAUUCAGUGGAGAGGCCUCUGAGCGACCGAUAGGGGCACCGGGUUGACGUGGAGGCUGUUGUUUAGCCAUGAGGGAGACCCGGUAAAAGAAAAGGCUCCUCCCUGCACAAGUGGAUUGGAGUCCUGGUGAGUGGACAGCAGGGCAGCGCGGAGGUGAAAGUCAAGUCCAGUGACUGUGGCAGAAGGGAAUGCACAGUACAGCAAGGCCGUGGAGGUGUUGGGGCGAUGAAAGCAAAUGAGGAGGAAGAGAUCCUUCAAGAAGAUGUGUGGCUGCCUCCAAGUUGGAACUGUAGACUAUAAGCUUGAAUUAUAGAUGUUGGGAGGACAUGGACUCUGCCAUGAUCAUGGAAUUUCAAAAAGUAGGUGAAAUGGAAGCAGGAACAAUUCACAUCAAAGAAGAAGAUUGUGAAUGGGAGAUUGUGCGCCUUACAGAAGAGGGUCCAGAGAAUUAUGAAAGUGAAGAUACUGUUCUUAAAGCAGCAAGGGAAAAUGAAGAAGGCGACAAAGAGGAGGAGGAAGAAGAUUUUGAGCAACAGUCUGUCUGUGUUAAAGUCGAGGAUUCUAGUAUAGAACGUGCAUCAGCUGUAAAGCAGCCUGCAACCUGUUUUCAAGACAGUGGCCGCUGUUCCCCAUCAUCUCUUAAUCAGGACUCUCCUCAGUGCAGCACAGAGCUAGAAGAAUGUAAUGACAAUGUGAAGCAAUCAACUUUUGGAGAAGAGAAAGCCGGAGUCUCUUCUUUCCAUUGCAGCUCUCUGUCUGAUGCAGGGAUUACAGUGGGAGAUUCCCUGAUAUCCGAAGGACAUGUGUAUUGCAGAGGUGACAUGACAUAUUAUAUCUGCCAUGACUGCGGAAAAAGUUUUAAGAAUAAGUCCUAUUUUCAGCAUCAUCUUAAAAUGCAUGCUGCACACAAGGCUUUUGCUAGUGCUGAAUGUGGCAAACGGUUCUCUCAAAUACGUAAUCUGCUUACAAACAGAAGAAUUCACACAGAAGAGAGAAAAUAUUGUUGUCCCGAAUGUGGCAUAGAAUACAUAUACAGAUCUGAUCUGCAGGAUCAUUUAAAAGUUCACGCAGGAGAUGACAAAUCCUAUUGUUGCACUGAAUGUGAUGACUGUUUCACAGAUCUUAACAAACUUGAGAAUCAUGAGUGUGCUCAUGCUGGAGAGAAACAACAUGCCUGUUCUGAAUGUGGCAAAGAGUUCCGAGAGAGAAAAUCCCUUCAAAUCCAUCAGAAUAUUCAUAUGGGAGAGAAGCCGUAUUGUUGUGCUGAAUGUUCAGAACGCUACUCAGACUUAAGAAGUCUUGAGGAGCACAUGUUGACUCACUCUGGAGAGGAAGUACACCAUUGCCUUGAAUGUGGCAAGCAAUUUGCACUCCAAAGUGAUCUUCAGAAACAUGCCAUAAUUCAUGGUGGGGAAAAUUCUCAUGGUUGUACAAUAUGCGGUAAAUGGUUUUCAGAAAAAAAAUCACUUCAGAUACAUCAGAGAGUUCACAAUGGGGAAAAGUCCUAUAUCUGUUCUGAAUGUGGAAAACAGUUUUCCCAAAUACGCAGUUUUCAGGCACACACAAGGAUUCACAGCGGAGAGAAGCCAUACUGCUGCAUCGAAUGUGGUAAACAAUUCACAGACUUCAGCAGUCUUAAGAAGCAUGCAAGAAUUCACAGUGGUGAGAAGCCGCAUUCAUGUUCUGAAUGUGGGAAACGAUUUAUCUACAGGAGAGAUCUCCAGAGACACACAAGAAUUCACACAGGAGAGAAGCCACAUUGUUGCUCCGAGUGCGGUAAACCUUUCUCAGAUAUAAGAAAUCUAAAGCAGCAUAUCCUAACACACACUGGAGAAAAGCCACACUGCUGUUUCGAAUGCGGCAAGAGAUUCACACAUAUAAGUGGUCUUCAUAAACACACGAGAAUUCACACCGGCGAGAAGCCAUACUCCUGUUCUGUGUGUGGCAAAGAAUUCUUCCAGAUAAGCCAUCUGAAGACGCACAUGAGAAUUCAUACCGGGGAGAAGCCAUUUUGUUGUACUGAAUGUGGCAAGCAGUUUUCAGAGAGAAAAACUCUUCAGAUCCACCAGAGAAUCCACACUGGAGAGAAACCAUUUUGCUGUUUUGAAUGUGGUAAGCCAUUCACACAUAAAAGCAGUCUUCAGAGGCAUACCAAAAUUCAUGCUGGAGAGAAGCCUUAUUGCUGUACAGAAUGUGGUGAGCAGUUCUUCCAGUUAAGCAAUCUUAAAAAACACUCAUUAGUUCACAGUGGAGAGACAGACUCCACAGAGGAUUGUGCAUCAAAUACAAAAUUCUGGUAUGUGACAGAUAUUGGUGUCAUACACCAGAAAGAAUAAGGAAGCACUAGUUACCUAAAAUAUACAAUCUGCAACAGACAGUAAACAGGGUAUACUGGUCCAAGAGAAGAGAAAUUCUAAUGAUUGAGUCUUCAGUCCUGUGUAACUGCUUUGUGCUACAGGUGACAAAAGAUAAUUUGUAAAAUAUCUUGAUGGGACAAAAAUGUGUCAAAAGCUCUCCUACAUUUUCAGUAUUUAUUGAGAAAACCACUUUGAAAUUUUUGGUGCCAUUAACAGUUGCUGUUCAAAGCAGAGAAUACAACUUCGAGAGAAUGAAACAAAACCUGCGUAAAAAGACUAAAUGGCUUUGACGAGACAGUCCAUCCAACUAUGAAGCUCUACUGGCAACAGAACCCAAAUCAAAUCUGGAAGCCACAAGAGGUACAAUAACAAUUUGACCAUAAUCACCUGUACUAACCUGCACAAGGAUAAGAAUCUUGAACGUGCUUUUUGCUGGGUGGGUUUCAGUGCAGUGCACCUGUACUAAUAUUUGAGGCAAACAUUUUCAGAACAGCAUAAGUACAACAGGAUAUCUCAAAAUUCCUAGUAUUAGAAGGUGCCUAGCUUUUUCCCUGAACUAAGCCAGGCAAAUAUUAAAAACUAUGGUGAUGUCAUAUUACUGUAUCACAAUUCAUGAUUCAACCACAGUGCAAUACACAAAGCUGCGUAAACUGAAAUUUAAGUGUGGUGGUUGGUGCUACUGCCUACCAGUUUCAGAAUCAUCGGCUACUAUCCACAUUCAGGGAGUGACCAAGUGUACUAUACGUGUGCUAUACAUGUUUUCUCAUUGUCUGCACCUGUGCGCCACUUUCCUCUCACAAUCCAGGGAAAUGUAGAGUAACUCUAAGCCAGACUGGUGUGAUAGGAUGACAUCCCCUCCAGAGUUUGUUUUUUGCUUCACUUAAUUAGAGGUUUUCUGGUAGGCUGCUUAUUUUAAAAACAAAUACCAACAGUAGCUGGUUAUACUGUCCUGGGGGUUUGAGAAUACAAUUAUGUUUUUUCCAUUAUUUUUUUUCGUAAACACUAUGUACUUAGGCACUUAGUCGCCCCAUUCUGUGAGUGCAUGGUCUGCCACUUUCUUGGCUAUGCUGUUCUUGCUCCUUGACACUUCUACUUCAAAAUUGUAGCACUUACAGUUGGCCAGGACAGAAUUUUCACAUAAUGACUUGGGUCAAAGUUGUCAUCUUGUGAGAGUGCUAUUUUUAAAGUCAUUGAGCUCUUCAGUGUAAGCCAUUCUACUGCCAAUGUUUGUCAAUGGAGACUGCAUAGCUAUUUGCCUUCAUUUAUACACCUGUUAAACUAUAUGGCCUAAAGUACAUGGACACUCCUCUAUAUGAUUGGUUAAGUGCACAUAUUGGUUGUAUUUGAAAAUUUAACAGCUAACAUUUCAAACCAAUGCUUUACAGAUAUCCUGAUUUAAGUUUUCUAGCUCCCUUUUUCAGUUGCUUUAAAACUGAAAUGAGUUUGUGCUGCUGGUUUUGAAAAAAAUGUCCAUCUUUAAGGAAAUACUCCACUCAGUAUUUUUUGUGUUACUUACCUCAUGUAGUUUGUAGUAAUGGCUGAGAUAUUGUUUAAUCCCUUCAUUUCGAGAACAUAUCUUCUAACAAAAUUGGUGUCUGUUUUGGCCUGUGCUGUAAACAGCAAACAACAUCAAAACAUCCUUUAAAAAUUUUCACAUUCUGUCCCACAAUCCACUUAUCUAGUCAUCCAGACGUAUGCUCACAACAUACAAAAUUACAAGCAUUUUUUUUUAUCUAUAUUUUCUGAAAAUCCAAACAAUGCACAAACAGGAAAAAUAUUCAUAAAUUAAAGACCCACCUCCCUCCUCAUUCAUUGGUCAAGAGUUCUGACAACUUUAAAAAAAAAAAAAUAACUGUCUGGAGGUGCACAACUCUGAUUUUCUAAUUGUAUUUAUUUAAAAGUAUUUUAACAAAAAUUGCAUAUGUUUUUGCCUGUUGUGAGCGUACCAGUAGAUGACUUUAUGCAACACAAUUAAGUUGGAGGCUUGUUUAUGGAGGUAUUGAGUAUUGUUUGUAGUUGUGUAUUGUUGUCACUACAUCAGGAACUUUUGCUCUCCAUAAAAAUGUGAGAAAAAUUUUUUCUCAGUCAUCAGUACAAGCUACAUGAGGUAGGAAAACAUAUACUAAAAUUAUAAUUUUGUGCUGGAAUAUUCAUUAAAUAUAUACUAUAUAGGCAAAACUAUGUGCAUAACCCUCCAAUGAUUGAGUUCACAUGUUUCACCCAUUGUUAACACGUGCGUAAAAUCAGGUACAUAGCCUUGCAACCACUAGUUAUAAAAUAUGUCAUUUUUCAGGUGCAGUAUUAUUUUAAUGUCAUUCUUUUUUAUCUCUUACCUAAAGUCACUAUUAGCGAAGCAUCUUUUUUUCCCAAGACAGUUGUACCAAAGCUACUGUAAUGAAGUGCAGAAGCUGUUCAAUAAUCACUCAGAAGGCUACUGUCUAAUGAAAUUGAUUUUUCAGCACGUUGGGAAGCUUGCAGAGCAUUGGCACAGCUCUCUUGGUCCUGAUUGCUUCUUCCAGGUAGUGCUGGUGAGUCCUGUAGGCUAUUUAGUGUUGUUGUGCAGUGUUUUUCAAGUACAGUCCUUCAGAAGUUUCAUAGUUGCAGGAUUUUUAAUCCAACCAAUUUUCACCAAGUACAAGAUUCUGCCUUUUAAUUGAUAUCAUUGUGUAAUCAUCUGUCUUGUGUAUAUUUCUAAGAAGUUCAUAAACAUUUGCUUUAUUUGCCAUUUAACACACUUGUUUAUUUUCAAUUUACCUUUUUUCUGUAGAGUGUGCCCCCUUAAUUGCAUCUAAAUUGCUGAUAAAGCAGAUUGGUGGCUUUGCAGCUAAGGAACUGUACAAGUAUCUGAAAGGCUGCCAGUUCAAAUCCCUUUACUGCCAGAAGAGAUCCUUCUCCGUUGGGCCCUUCAGCAAGGUUUCUAACCUGACAAUUGCUCCAGAGGUGCUAUACAAUGGGUGACCCUGCACUCUUAUCUCUGAAAGUCAUGUGAAAAUACAAUUUCCCCAGUGUACCAAAUGUCAAAAAAAUAUUAAUAAUCAGUGAGCAGUGCAGGCAUGGGUGCAAACCACAAUGAAUGUUGAAGGGGAGCCAUUAUUUCACAGAUGUGUUUCACUUGUCUGCUCAAUAAGAAAUGUUCCUUGCAAAUGACCAAACAAUUUUAUGCCCUCUUAGCAUUCAGUGGUGUCAGCAUUUGGGUGCAAUAAAGGGAUCAAACUUUAUUAAGAAGAAUACGGCAAAGAAAGCUUAACCACUUCAGAAUUUUCUAGCAUUAGAGAAUGAAAAGGUCAGCUCAUUAAAUAAUGAGAUUAAUUGAAAAUAAAAAGACUUUGACUAGGAAAUAGGUGUAAAUAAAAACCCGCUGCCAUGGAGUUUCCCAAUGACUGAACCUGGGAGCUGUUGUCAUAGUAUUCAUGUAUUCUCUGUAGCCCUGCUCAUCUCUGAAAUUAACAUUUUAAGCCCUAUCAAUUGAUUACAUUUUACCAGUACAGAGUGUUCAGAUUCAGACUUCAGAUUUCAAAUGUUGGGUGGCAAAAAAAGAAAACAUCAGAAAAUCAGAUCUUAAACAAAUAAGGUGCAUUUCACCAUGGUGAGCCAGUUAAUUGUCUACUGCUGCAGACCUACCCCUAACUUGUAUCGGUUUCAGAAAAUGAAUGAAUUAAUGAAUAUCUGUCUCUCACAGAAUGAUGACAGUGGUGCAAUACCAAAAACGGACAAUUUACUACAAGACUGUAAGUUAAGUGAUAUUUUAACAAAUAUUUCAUAAAUGUCAUUGAUCACCUAAAUAUGGAUCAUACUUGAUCAUUUUUUUAAGCUAAUCCUGUUUUUCAGUGCAACUAAAUGCAAAUAGAGCCCUUAUGUAAUGAAAGUCUUGAAGAAGCAGACUUACAUAAAGUAGUAAAAACACAUCCCUGAUCAGUAAAAUUAAAGGGAAAAAUGUAAAUGGACAGAAGCUGUAACUGCAUAAUAAUCUUUUGAAUAACAGGAAAGAGGAUGAAAAAUGACAUGAAGACAAAUAUGAGGUAUUAUGUACUGUGAUUCUGAGUAAGAAAUGAAAUAAAGGAGACGAACAGACAACGAAACACUAACUGAGCUGAAUUGCAUGAGUGGAACUUAUGUCCUGAAAAACUUGCUUGUGUUCUUCCAUCCUGGAAGCAGUUAAAACUUCAUUCUUUCACUCUUUGUAAUAUCAUGAAAACACCAAAUACCUCAAGGUUUUGGAGGCGAUUUCAACAGCGCAAUCACUGUAAACUUUUAAAGAGACCUGGGAUCUUCUCACACCAGCCUUCUUAUUAUGCCAAAGCUUCACUAUGCAACUCCUGGUGGCUCCUGCUGUGUGAAUCUCUUGCUGUGCUGAGUUUGACUGUGGGAAUCUCUUAGUGAAAAUUUCAAAAGAAAGACUACUUUUUCCUCUCUUAUUUUUGGUGUUCUAUUCAAUUAAUUAUGUAAUUAUUUUAAAACUAAAGUGUUUCUUUCUGCUGAAUUAAUUUGCAUUUGGCUAUGCAAUACUUUUUUAAUUCAUCUCUUUUCCUCGAUUUAUCAUUUAAUCUUUUUUUUUUUAUUAUUUCAUAAUGUCUCCUUACCCAGAGACUCUUUGCCUGCUUGAAUUAUUCUCUCAGUCCACGUGAUCUUAUUUUUAGUUUUUAUUGUAAUUUACUUAAAUUACAUUGUAAUGGUGCUUAAUGUUAAAUAUGGUGUUCAAAAUAAAAAUGUAUUUGAAAAUUCCCCAGAAGGGUAUGCUGAGAAUAGGGUGACUAGUCUGUCCAGCUCAGUGUGUUGCCACAGUAACCCUCUUGAGGAUAACUGGGAUGGUUUGAAAAUUAGUUAGAACUGAAACAGUUAAGUAUGACAUUACAAACAAAAAGAGAUUAACUCUGGAAAAAAAUAGGGAUGAAGACAAAGUACCCAGCCAGCACAUAAAAUAAUCUCUAGAUAUAUGCAGCUGGAAAUGCAGUUGUGUGAAACAAAAACAUUGAAAUACAGGAAGCAUGGGUUGGAUAUAACCUGUUGAGAAAAGACUGCAUCUGUACAGGAAGAACAUAUUAGCAAAUCAGUGGACUAAUUCUGGAUGAUGGACAGUUUCACUGAGGAGGCAGUUGAAACAUGACAUCAGUAGGCUUCACAGCAUUACUGUUUGCAGUGUUGUCAGGAAGAGGUGUGGAAGGUUAUAUGGGCUAAAUUUAAUGGACGUGAUCACCUUUAUCUGCCCCAUUUUCCUCUCCAGUGCCAGAUUGUGUACUGCCUCUCUUGUGAAAUGAUUCCAUGGCUGUAAUAAAAGAAGUUUAAGGUGCUAGUCUGCAAGGCUUUAUGCUGGAUCAUUAAACUGGAGCACCACUUAAUUACAUUGGUUUGAUCAAAAACAAUAAAAGCCUCUUAAGAGACGAGUGCUGCUUCACCUCAGAUGUACUUUUGUCGCCUUUUUCCACGAACUAAGGAGGCACCUUAAGACUGACUAUACAAUAUGAACUUUUUGAAUUUCCUGAAAUUACCCAGUUUCAUGAUGUAAUCACUUUGUUUAAGUGACUGUUUUGAAUUUUUUGGAAUGCGAAAGGCUAAAUAUGUAUAUAAGGAAUGUAUAAAUGUAAUAUGCUUGUAUAUGUGUAUUUACGUGAUUGUUUUAUUACUUCAUGUUAGCGCACUUGCGCAAAAGUUGUAUCAUCUUCUCAUCAUAUGUAAAAAAUUGUGUGUAUUGUUGCCAUUACAAAUGUACUGGCAUUGUAACAGGAGGCCUCCUAUUGGUCUCUCCAACCUAUAAUAAAAUAGGAAAAAUAAAAAAUGACGUGUGUUUAAAAAAAAAAAAA